GAAGGACAUAUAUUAAAUGUAGGAAUAACCUAAAUUUUAGCUUUCGAACAGUACCUAUAUCUAUUUUUGAGUGGUCAAAAAAAUUAAAAAAAUAUUUUUGUGGUUAUGGCUUCCAAUAGAAAAUUCCGUUUUGCUAUCGAUCGGGGUGGCACUUUUACAGACGUAUUUGCAAAAUGCCCAGGUGGAAAAAUUCGUGUCCUAAAAUUACUUUCAGAAGAUCCUCAGCAUUACGAUGAUGCACCAACAGAAGGCAUCAGGAGAAUUUUACAGGAAGAAACUGGUAAUGCACUAGCAAGCGAUGGAAACGUAGACAGUUCCCUGAUAGAAUGGAUACGGAUGGGAACGACAGUGGCCACUAACGCUCUUUUGGAACGUAAGGGCGAAAAAAUGGCAUUCGUGACCAACAAAGGUUUCAGAGACAUUCUUCUCAUUGGAAAUCAGGCUAGACCCAAAAUAUUCGAUCUGGCUAUGUUGGUAUAUCCACAAUGUAGGUAUUUAUUUUUCUUCACAGGUUUUAACCAUGUUUCACUUUCUCACCAAGUCAUACCGAUGGUUAGAAUCGUCCCUAGAGGAUUCACUUCUUGUGCAGAUGCUUAUCUUACGCCUCAUGUCAAGAGGUACGUGGAAGGUUUCUCCAAGGGUUUCAAAAACAAUUUGGAAGGAACAAGAGUUCUUUUCAUGCAGAGCGAUGGUGGUUUAACACCAAUGCAAAGUUUCAAUGGUGCAAGGGCCAUCCUGUCUGGACCGGCAGGAGGAGUUGUUGGUUAUGCUGUCACAACGUGGCAAAAAGAAACAAACUUACCUGUUAUUGGUUUUGAUAUGGGGGGUACCUCGACUGAUGUAUCGAGGUUCUCUGGAAAUUAUGAACACGUAUACGAAAGUACCACCGCUGGAGUGACCAUUCAAGCGCCACAGCUAGAUGUAAAUACAGUUGCGGCAGGCGGAGGAUCUAUGCUCUUCUUCAGAUCCGGCAUGUUCGUAGUUGGCCCUGAAUCAGCUGGAGCUCACCCUGGUCCAGUCUGUUACAAGAAAGGGGGUCCUUUAACCGUAACAGAUGCGAACUUGGCAUUGGGUAGGCUUUUACCUGAAUAUUUUCCAAACAUCUUUGGCCCCGAUGAAGACUCUCCUUUGGACGAGGAACAAACUAUUAAAGAAUUCCAACUACUGACGAAGGACAUAAACGAGUUUUUGAAUGCACAAGAUGAAUCUGAGAAAUCUAUGUCUGUGGAGGAAGUUGCGAUGGGAUUUGUCAGAGUUGCGAAUGAAGCUAUGUGUCGACCGAUCAGAGCCCUGACUCAGGCCAAAGGCUAUGAUACAGCGCGCCAUGCAUUGGCUUGUUUUGGUGGUGCGGGAGGCCAACAUGCUUGUGCUAUUGCGAGAUCUUUGGGAAUGACCACUGUCUUCGUUCAUAAAUACGCAGGAAUUCUCUCAGCAUACGGAAUGGCUUUAGCGGAUGUUGUCCACGAAUCUCAGGAACCUUGCGCUAAAGCCUACCUACUAGAAAACUUCUCCUAUUUCAACGAACGUUUGUCGGAACUUAAAGAACAAUGCAAGAGCGAACUGAAGAAACAAGGCUUUCCUGAAACACAUAUUGUUUUGGAGCCGUAUCUGCAUAUGCGAUAUGAUGGGACAGACUGCGCGUUGAUGUGUGGACCAACAUAUUCUGGGGAGAUCAGCCCUACUCACGGAGACUUUAUGAAAACAUUUGUUGAUCGUUACAAAUCCGAAUUUGGUUUCGUCAUUCAGAAGAGAAACGUUAUAGUAGAUGAUAUUAGGGUGAGGGGUAUCGGAAAAAGUGAUCUGGAGGAAGAAGAUCUAAUAGCAACCUCAACUUCUUUUCCCAUUCCUGAAUCUACCAAAAAAGUAUAUUUCGAAGGAGGAUACCAAGAUACAAAUAUUUAUCUUUUGAAAAGCCUACACGCACAUCAAGAACUGAAGGGGCCGGCCAUCAUCAUGGACCAAUUGAGCACGAUUUUAGUAGAACCCGAUUGUACUGCUGUGAUUACGAAAUACGGAGACAUCAGAAUAAAUAUUGGUUCGGGAAAAGUCAAGGAAAUCGGUCCAGAUCUGGAUUCUAUUCAAUUGAGCAUAUUCAGUCAUAGGUUUAUGAGUAUUGCUGAGCAGAUGGGAAGAAUUCUCCAGCGUACUUCAAUAUCAACCAACAUCAAGGAACGUCUCGAUUUUUCAUGCGCCCUCUUCGGUGCAGAUGGCGGACUAGUUUCUAACGCACCUCAUAUUCCUGUCCAUUUGGGAGCUAUGCAGGAAGCCGUGCAGUACCAAAUGAAGACUAGAAAAACUUUCCACGAGGGAGAUGUCAUACUUUCCAAUCACCCUGGCGCUGGUGGAUCACAUUUGCCAGAUUUCACCGUUAUCACUCCAGUUUUCUACAAGGGCAGCAGUGAUCCUAUCUUCUUCGUGGCUAGUCGUGGUCAUCAUGCAGACAUCGGUGGCAUCACUCCUGGUUCAAUGCCUCCACAUUCGACUAGCUUGGAUCAAGAGGGCGCUGCUUUCAAAUCAUUUCUUUUGGUGAAACAGGAUGUAUUUCAAGAAGAUGAAUUUAGUGAAGCUAUCAGGAAAGCCGGGGGAAGAAACCUGUCUGACAAUAUCUCUGACUUGAGGGCUCAAGUAGCGGCGAAUAAAAAAGGUAUUGAUUUGGUAUGCGAGCUCAUAGACCAGUAUGGCUUGGGAGUCGUUCAAGCCUAUAUGGGUCACAUUCAAACUAACGCCGAAUUGUCUGUGAGAGAUAUGCUGAGAGAGGUGGCAAAAGAUGCGAAACAGAGGACAGGUGAGUCACUACUCGAAGCUGAGGACUUCAUGGAUGACGGUUCUUCAAUAAGGUUGAAAGUCAACUUGGACGAGAAGGAGGGAUCUGCAUAUUGCGAUUUCAGUGGCACAGGAGCUGAGGUGUGGGGCAACUGCAAUGCGCCCAAAGCAAUAACUCUAUCGGCCCUAAUUUAUUGUCUGAGAUGUAUGGUCGGCCACGACGUGCCUCUGAAUCAGGGCUGCCUAGCUCCCGUUAAAAUAAACAUUCCCAAAGGGUCAAUUCUGGAUCCCAGCGAUAAUGCAGCUGUCGUUGGAGGAAAUGUUCUAACCUCACAAAGAGUUGUCGAUGUGGUACUCAAAGCGUUCAAAGUGUGUGCCGCAUCCCAAGGCUGUAUGAAUAACAUCACUUUCGGCAGCGAUACUUGGGGGUGUUACGAAACUGUCGCAGGUGGUAGUGGAGCA